UACUGCAUGACCCACAUAUCAACAACUGGGAUUUUAUAUUAUAACAAAAUAGCCUAAACUGCAGUGGGUUGACAUUUUAACGGAUACUUGAAAUUUAUUGGUUAUCGGAUAAGCACACAAUCCGGAGCAGACAUCAGCGUCGCUAGUCUUCAAUUGGCUUUGCAGAGAUGUUUACAUCCCAGACCUCUUCCUUUCAGGAGUCCAUAGACGUGGAUGAAAGGGAUAUAGACUUCGACAACGAAGAAUUCGCCGGAUAUAGCCAGAAAAUACAGCAGAUUAACAGUUACUAUGCCAUAUAUUACUACCAGAGCACAAGAUCUGAUGCUUCUGGAGAGAGUGUGGCCUGGAGCCAGAGGAGAUCAGACUCCACUACAAGUCAGGAUGACUUUAGUCUCACCCUAUUGGACACAAGUUUACCAUCAGAGGCGGAGCCAGAACUGCGAAGCUAUAUCUCUCGCAGGUUGAGCAAGGGUGCUCUGCUUGGUGGUAUGGGUAACAUUGCCACUGUGGAACUAAGUGUUCCUGAGCAAGCGGUGGGCUGUUACUGCUGUCUGCUGGACCAGGAGAAAUCCCCUGAACAGAUUGAGGCUGAUGGCAACGGCUGGGUGGUGUGUCUCCUUGGAGAAUCAGAGAAGGGCCUGAAUCUAUUCAGAAUUGAGCUGGACAAGUAUGUUCAGGGUCUGCAGGGUAGUUUGACCCCAGAGAUGCAGAAUUUGGAGACGUACGUCAGGCCCUACCUCAACUGCUGGUAUGAAGAGUCAGUAAUGCAUAUUCACAGAGUUGUUCAACUGUUGCAGGCAAACCUGGGGUACCUUCUACAUGCUGCUCUGAGUCACAAACUUGUAGAAGUCACAGAGGCGGAUGAGAAAACAAAAACAGAUGUAGCAAGAUUUAUCAAAGCAGCCAGUCUCCAGGGUCUAGUCCAGGAAAACACAACCACUGCAUCGCUGUGUAAGGCCAUCUCUGAGGACUCGCACACCAAUCUGAUCAUCGACUGCUCCACCAGUCCACCCACACUCACUAAUGCAGUCAGUAACCGGUUCUGUGAUGACUGGAUUCAGGCCUUCCUCAAUGCUACUGAGCGCUUUAACCCUUUCCUCCUCCGUCAGAUCCUUGAGAACUUUAAACUUAAGGCCAUUCAGGACAUGAACAACCUGAAGCGUUUCAUCCGUCAGGCAGAGAUGAGCCACUACGCUCUGUACCGCUGCUGUCUGUUCCUGCAGAGCUGUGGAAAUGGAGAUGUGCUGCUGCAAAACGCGCAUGCUGAGCACAGCAGCCUUCCCGAGGCCUGUGGAAUCAUAAAUGUGCUGGAGGAGUUCCUCGGUGAGCAGGCACAAGACACACUGUACUGACACCUCUGCCUGCAGGGGGCCACAAGGUUUCAUACAUUCACCUGGUAAGCCUCUGAUCACCUUGUAAGCUAGUGCUAUUCAAAUCCGGUACUGGAGGGCCACUUUGCUGCAGAGUUUAGGUCCAGCCCUGCUCUUACACACCUACAUGUAAUUUUAAAUUAAUGCUGAAGACUUUAAUUAAAUAGUUCAGGUGUGUUUGAAUAGGGUUGGAGCUAAACUCUGCAUUAAUGGUGGCCCUACAGGACCGGAUUUGAAUAAAUACCUUUGUAUGCAUAUCCCCCUGAAUUGCUAUCCAGCCCUCAUAAUCAUAUCAGUGUGGUCAUAGAUCUGCAUUUUGGCCAACUUCAUCUAUCUUAACACAAAAUAUAGUACAUCUUUGUGUGUGUUACUGAGGUUCAACAUCAAAGAUCAAAAAUGACUUUUCUGUGAUAUGCUGCUGUAUGUCGAUUUUGGAUGCUUUAACUGAUUAUUAUUAUAAAUUAUAAAUGUAAAUAUUACAUGAUCCAGCUUUAUUUAAUCCCAUUUGUAUAUAUUAACACUAUACUGUUUAUAUGUGAAACCUGAUUCUAUUAUGUAGUCUCAGCUGUGUUUUAGCCAUUGUCUUGUGCAAUGUUAAACUAAGUGGUAACCAGACAGUUCUGUACAUUAAUGGUUUGUAAUGCUGAAGAAGGAAGCUGAUCAUGUAAUACUGAAGCUAUUCACAAGCCAAUAACAUGUUAGCUCAUCAAAAUUAUAUAACAAAAAUAACAAGAGUCCAGUGGGAAUUACACUUAUUGUCAUGCUCUUCUUUUUCUUCUUUUGUGUCUGAAAGUGCUUAAUUUAUUCAUAUUUAAAUACUUCUUGAUGUUUGAUUUAGGUCUAUGAUUUAAGUAUUUUUUGAGAAGUUUUGACAUAAUUCCUUUCAUUUUUCUCAGUGGCAAUUUUACAGUUUUUCUUACCAAAGACAGGCAAGAAUUUAGAAUCACUAAUCUUGUAAUACAAAAUUAAUUUUAAUACAGAAAUUAGAUGUAAAUGUUAUGAAUGCUAAGAAAUGAAGUAUAAUAGUGUGUUUUGUUAAAAAACACAACAGACCAGUUUUUGUAUAUAUUGCUCAAGUUGUAAAAUACGUCAGUGUGUUUAAUUAUAUUAGAAUUGUGUGGCUCCUGAAACUCCUCACUUGUUCAAAUUUGGUAUGACUAUACCUUAAUUUGUGCCAGCAACAUUUCAUUUUGUCGGAACUUGAAAGAAUUAAAGAAGUGUACAACACUGUGGAUCGAGUUACUGUAUUUUGUCCCCAUGAAAUUGAGCUCUUUAUAUACAGUAUAUGCACAUUUAUAUGAAGCAUAUUUGUAUAACAAUAGUUCUCUUGAUUUUUUGGCAUAAGGCCAUAUAGCCACACAUUUAAAAUGUUAAAUAUAUGAUUAGGCAAUAGCAUGAUUCAUUUAAAACAAUUGCUGUACAAAACGUUUGUCAUUCCUUGCAAUCAUACAUUGCAAAAAUACAAUGCCUAUCAAUGCACAAAAAUGUUACAAAAUAUUUCAUUAUUAUUCAAUACAAUUCCAUCAAACUAGUCCACUUAAACUUUUUAAAAUCUUAGUUCAUCAAAAUAUUAUGCGGAUCAUCACAAUUGUGAAAAUGUUCAAAAUUGUUAAUAUACAACUCCAAAAGUCUGAUGCACAUAUCACGGCUCUCCGUUGCAAUGACUUGUAUGUCAUAUUCAUUUUCCUAUGGUGGUGCAUUUUGGUAAACUCAUAUCUGCAUUCAAUCCCUGCAAUUUCACUCUGAAACUUUGAUAUCAAAGUCUACAACUCCAUGAAGAGAAAAGCCUAGGUAGAAGGUAACAUUUUAAUGAGUUAAUGAGCUCGGUCCAGUCAAGAUCAUUUUUCAGGUCACUUGGGAAAAGGUCAAGUUUUUCUGUAGCUUUUUGUUUCUCCAAAAAAAAAAAAAGAAAAAGAAAGGGUGGGGUAGGGUGCUCAUGGAAGGGGAACUAUAUCAUUAUCAACUACCUCAUCCUCUUAAAUGGCACCACAGAAUAACUUGGCAUACACUUUUCCCGAUGAGCCAUUUUCUUAGAUUAUUUACCUUUUCAGGCUCUCCUUCAUCCAGCUCCUCUUCCUCAG